AUGUUCCGCCUGAUGAUGCUCUUUGCUGGUCUCUGUGGAUCGCUCGCGUCCAGACCCGGUUCUCAAAAUUCAUCUGUCCAGAUUAUAUUUCCAGAGAAAAUCCAAACAAAUACAAGUGAUAAUUCAGAACUAGAAAAUGAACAGAUAUCCUAUAUUAUAACAAUUGAUGAGAAACCAUACAUUGUGCACCUGAAGCAAAGACUUUUUUUAGCUGAUAACUUUAUGGUUUAUUUGUAUAAUCAAGGAUCUGUGAAUUCUCAUUCUUCAAAUAUUCAGACUCGCUGCUACUACCAAGGAUCUGUUGAAGGAUAUCCAAACUCUAUUGUCACACUAAGCACGUGCUUGGGACUGAGAGGAAUACUACAAUUUGAAAAUGUUUCUUAUGGAAUUGAGCCUCUGGAAACUGAAGUUGAAUUUCAGCACAUUCUUUAUAAAUUAAAGAAUGAAAACACUAAAUUUGCAGUUCAUACUGAAAAUAACCGUGACAUAGGACAAAACCCAAUGGACUAUAACAUUUUCAUAAGUGAAAAAGUAGAAACAUCUGUUUCAGACUUAAUUCCUCUUUAUCUAGAAAUGCAUAUUGUGGUGGACAAAGUUUUGUAUGAUUUCUUGGGCUCUGAUAGCAUGGUAGUGACAAAUAAAGUCAUUGGAAUUAUUGGCCUUAUAAAUUCAGUAUUUGCCCAACUUAAAGUUACUAUUGUGCUGUCAUCACUGGAGUUGUGGUCAGAUAAAAAUAAGAUUUCUACAGUUGGUGAGGAAGAUGAAUUAUUGCGUAGAUUUUUAGAAUGGAAAAAAUCGUAUCUUACCCUAAGACCUCAUGAUAUUGCAUAUCUAUUCAUGUAUAGAGAUUAUCCAGAUUAUGUGGGAGCAACAUUUCCUGGAAAGAUGUGUGUUUCUAAUUAUUCUGCAGGGAUUGCUUUGUAUUCCGGGGAGAUAACUUUGGAGGCAUUUUCUGUGAUUGUCACCCAGAUGCUGGGACUCAGUCUGGGGAUAUCGUAUGAUAACCCAAAGAAAUGUCCAUGUUCAGGAGCCAUCUGUGUAAUGAAUCCAGAAGCUAUGCAAUCCAGUGGUGUGAAGACCUUUAGCAGUUGCAGUGUGAGUGACUUUAAACAUUUCAUUUCAAAUAUGGGUACCAAGUGUCUUCAGAAUAAACCACAAAUGCAAGUGCGUCCAACAUCAAUCUGUGGCAACGGCAGAGUGGAGCCCCCUGAGGUCUGCGACUGCGGGACUGAGGAGCAAUGCGGACCCGCCAGCUGUUGCGAUCCCCAGAGCUGUGUGCUGAAACCAGGAUCAGAAUGCGAUAGAGGGUCCUGCUGCCGCAACUGUAAAAUUGUUAAAGCAGGUUCGGUGUGUAGGCCGGCUGUGCAUCCCGACUGUGAUCUUCCUGAAUCUUGCAAUGGAAGCUCGGGAGAGUGUGUUCCUGAUGUGACUAUACUCAAUGGGCGUUCAUGUAAGACAAAAUACAUUUGUUAUGCGGGAGAUUGCCAUGACCUUGAUGCACGCUGUCAGUCCAUCUUUGGAAGAGGUUCAACAAAUGCUCCAUUUGCCUGCUAUGAAGAAAUACAAUCUCAAAAUGAUAGGUUUGGGAACUGUGGUAAGCAGAGAGGCCAGUAUGUUUUCUGCCAAUGGAGGAAUCUCAUAUGUGGAAGGUUAAUUUGUACCUACCCUACUCGGACUCCUUUCUAUCAAGACAAUGUCGCUGUGCUCUACGCUUAUGUACGCAACGUCAUAUGCAUAACCUUGGACUACAGUCUGCAUGGCUUGCUUGCAGACCCAAUGGUGAUCAAGGAUGGCUCUGAGUGUGAUAAAGAGAGGGUUUGUGUCAAUCGUGAAUGUGUGGAAUCGAGGAUACUUAAGAGUGCAUUCCAUAAUUGUUCAGCAAAGUGCAGUGGACAUGGAGUGUGCACUUCCGAGAAGCACUGCCUGUGUGAUCAGGGCUGGACCAGCUCCACCUGCAGCCAGCAGACCAGAGAGGCCGACACCCUCACUGCAGGCAAGCGUCUCUCUGUCUUCGCGCGUCCUGUCAGUGAAGUUCUCAGAUUGCUCAUCUUGACAAAAACAAAGUUACAUUCUCUCCACUUAGGAAGAAACUAUUUAGGUUUAAUCAUGAAAAGAGCUUUUUGGAAAUCUGAAAAGAACCGGUGGCUUCUAGGUUUCUACGUCGCUUUACCUGUUCUCAUCAUAGCAACCGUAAUAGCUGUUUCACGGAAUCAACUGAAAAAGUGGUUCACCAAGGAAGAGGAAUCCCUAAGUACCGAAUCAGAAAGCAGCAUUCACACAUAUACCACCACCAAAUACACAUCAGAAAGCAGUAGCCAAACGGAUACUGUCAGCUCCAGCUCAGAAAGGAGUUCCCAAAUGUAUACCAGCAGAUCCGAAUGACAGGAAACUACCCAAAUGUAAAACACUAGUAACUGGUAAUUUCUUCAGAAGGCGAUGGAUAAUACUGAGUGUCUCACUGAGAAAUGAACUUCCUGCCUUCCCUCUCCUUGUCAUAGCUGAAGGAAACAAUAAACUGAAUGUGGGCCAAUUUGCAUGCGUGUCUGUUUUUCUCUGCAGUUCUGUCGUUUCAGGG